GCUUAGGUAAGUGAACAGACCGGCGCUGUACGAGUGCAGUGUGGCCGCAUUGUACUGUAGCGUGUGUUGAAAAGACAAUAAUAAACGUCUUCCAAGAGAGAGCAAAAUCCCAUUUUUCAUCCUAUGGAUCACUGAAUAAGAAAGAGAUGGUUUUACCUCGUCUCACAGGAGCCCUGCGCUCCUUUUCAAAUGUCACCAGACAAGAUGAUUACAGGGGGGACUCGACAGACUUGAUGAACAAAAGAUCGAAGUUGCGUGAACAAGUUUUGGAGUCUGACCUUACUUGGAAGAAAAUAACUCAAUUUGUCACUGGCAUUGUGGACAAGGAGCAUGAAGCAAUAAACGAGGGUCUAAAAGAAAUAUUACAGGCUGCAAAACAGAUUGCGGGAACUGACCAUGGACAAGAGGCAAUUGAAAGUGCAGCCAUGUUCCUCUUCAAAACCUUCUAUGAUAAAGAAACUGUCGGUCACGAAGAAACCAAGGCCAUUAAACAGAUGUUUGGUCCUUUUCCAUCAACAUGUGCUACAGCAGCCUGUAAUGCCACAUAUAGAAUUGUGUCACUGCUGACUGAUGAACAGCUUAAGAAACUCUCACAACAUUUUCAUGAGAAAAACAUUGAUGAUGCACUAUUCUUUGGGAAAAAUGUCAUAUUUUCUCUGGAAAUGUAUGAACUGGAAGAGACUGAAGAUUUGCCACUAAAUGGCAGCGUUGAGGCAGAUAAUGAUAUUAGUCUAGACUUUCUAAAAUUUCACAAUGGCCAGAAAGACAUAUCUGCUAUAAGUACUCACCAAAAACAUGGCAGCAAUGAAGAUGAAGGCUCUUUACUGUACGAUGAGGUGGAGAAAUAUGUUGUGCAGAGUUCCACUGGAGGUGCCACUGUAGAAGACUUGUGCAACACUAUAUUUGAAAUGCUGGCAUCUGCUAAAAGCAAUGAUGAACUUCAGAAUGAGUUAUUUGAACUUCUUGGACCUGAAGGAUUGGCUGUCAUUGAAGUGCUCCUACAACAAAGGCAGAAAAUUGUGUCUGCAUCCCUGAACUGGCAAGCCGAUGGCAGGCUGCACUCUUUACAAGCGCUUGCUGGAGAAACUGGGAGACCAAACUAUGGCUGUCAAGUUACAGUCCAGUCUGAGCAAGAAAAGCAGCUCAUGAAGCAGUAUCGGCGUGAAGAAAAACGCAAUGCCAAACGAGAGAAACGUGUAGGAGAGGAUGGAGAGAUUGCUGGGGAAGGGCUAAUAGGCUUUGAUCCCAAGGAACUGCGAAUGCAGAGAGAACAGGCUCUUGUAAGUGCUCGAACCGUGCCAAUACUGAGCAGGGACAGAGACUAUGGUGAAAGAGUUGUAUAUCCACAUGUUUAUGACUGCUAUGCAGAAGCUUUGAAAACCUCUGCAUUUAUUGGUGGUUCAAAGUUACUCUUACCAGAAGGUAUUCAGAGAGAAAAUAACAAAAUCUAUGAAGAAGUUCGGAUUCCUGCCACCGAACCAAUGCCUGUUGGCUUUGAAGAGAAGCCAGUGUUCAUUAAAGAUCUGGAUGAGAUUGGACAACUGGUCUUCAAAGGAGUGAAACGACUGAACCGGAUCCAGUCAAUAGUUUUUGAGACUGCUUACAACACCAAUGAAAAUAUGCUUAUCUGUGCACCAACCGGUGCAGGCAAAACGAACAUUGCGAUGCUAACGGUCUUGCAUGAAAUCCACCAAAAUAUUCAACAAGGUGUCAUUAAAAAGGAUGCAUUUAAGAUUGUGUAUGUAGCACCUAUGAAGGCCUUGGCAGCCGAGAUGACAAAUUACUUCAGCAAGCGUCUAGAGCCAUUGGGUGUCACAGUGAAAGAGCUGACUGGUGACAUGCAGUUGUCAAAAGGUGAAAUUUUACGGACUCAGAUGCUUGUGACUACACCUGAGAAGUGGGAUGUUGUUACUAGGAAAAGCGUUGGGGACGUGGCCCUGUCUCAGCUUGUGCGGCUGCUCAUAUUGGAUGAGGUGCAUUUGCUUCAUGAAGACAGAGGUCCUGUUCUGGAAAGUUUGGUGGCUCGUACACUGCGGCAGGUGGAAUCCACACAGAGUAUGAUAAGAAUCCUGGGCCUGUCUGCAACUCUUCCAAACUACCUUGAUGUAGCUUCAUUUCUUCAUGUCAAUCCAUUUAUUGGCCUUUUCUACUUUGAUGGACGAUUCCGACCUGUUCCUCUUGGACAGACAUUUAUUGGAAUAAAAUCAACCAACAAGACUCAACAACUCCAUGAUACGGAAGAGGUUUGCUAUGAGAAUGUACUUAGGGAAGUCAAAGCUGGUCGACAGGUAAUGGUUUUUGUUCAUGCCAGAAACUCCACUGUGCGGACAGCCAUGUCCUUGAGGGAACUAGCAAAAAACAAUGGGCACAUUUUACAUUUUUUGCCAAACCAAGGAUCUGACUACGGCCAUGCUGAAAAGCAGGUGCAAAGGUCUAGGAAUAAGCAGCUAAGAGAGUUGUUUCCAGAUGGAUUUAGUAUUCAUCAUGCAGGCAUGCUGCGGCAAGAUAGGAGUUUGGUGGAGAGCCUUUUUUCUCAGGGACAUAUCAAAGUCCUGGUUUGUACAGCCACAUUAGCCUGGGGUGUCAAUCUCCCCGCUCAUGCUGUUAUCAUUAAGGGAACACAAAUUUAUGAUGCAAAAAGAGGAUCAUUUGUUGACCUGGGAAUUCUAGAUGUAAUGCAAAUCUUUGGACGAGCUGGGCGACCGCAAUUCGAUAAGUUUGGAGAAGGUACCAUUAUUACAACUCACGACAAGCUCAGCCAUUACCUUACUCUUCUCACCCAGCAAAAUCCAAUUGAGAGCCAGUUUCUUGAAAGUUUUUCUGAUAAUUUGAAUGCUGAGAUUGCUCUUGGGACAGUUACCAAUGUUGAAGAAGCAGUAAAGUGGCUGAGCUACACUUAUCUUUUUGUACGGAUGAGAGCAAAUCCAUUAGUAUAUGGCAUCAGUCACAAGGUGUUUCAGAUGGACCCCUUGCUAGAGAAGCACAGAGAACAGUUGGUUAUUGAAGUGGGGCGUAAAUUGGACAAAUCUCGCAUGAUUCGCUUUGAAGAAAGAACUGGAUUUUUCUCCUCCACAGACCUGGGCAGAACUGCAAGCCACUUCUACAUUAAAUAUAAUACCAUAGAGACAUUCAAUGAAUUAUUUGAUGCCCACAAAACUGAAGCAGAUAUUUUUGCAGUUGUCUCCAAAGCUGAAGAAUUUGAACAGAUCAAGGUACGUGAAGAAGAGAGUGAAGAAUUGGAACACUUAAUUGAUAACUACUGUGAACUUCCAGUUGCUGGUGGAGUAGAAAAUGGCUAUGGAAAAAUAAACAUUCUUUUACAAACAUAUAUUGGAAGAGGAGAAUUGGACAAUUUUUCCCUCAUCUCGGAUUCUGCUUAUGUUGCACAGAAUGCAGCUAGAAUCGUACGAGCCCUUUUUGAAAUAGCCCUCAGAAAAAGAUGGCCAGCUAUGACGUAUAGACUACUAAACCUCAGCAAAGUUAUUGAUAAGCGACUGUGGGGCUGGGCCAGCCCACUGAGACAAUUCUCUAUUUUGCCUCCAUCUGUGUUAACAAAAUUGGAAGAGAGGAAGCUCACCAUCGAUAAACUGAAGGACAUGCGGAAAGAUGAAAUUGGUCACAUGUUACAUCAUGUGAACAUUGGGCUAAAGGUGAAACAGUGUGUCCAUCAAAUUCCAGCCAUUACAAUGGAAGCCACUAUCCAACCAAUUACUCGCACAGUCCUUAGAGUUCGAUUGAGCAUCAAUCCUGACUUUAAAUGGAGUGAUCAGGUACAUGGAACAGUUGGAGAACCUUGGUGGAUUUGGGUUGAAGACCCCACUAAUGAUCACAUUUACCAUUCAGAAUAUUUUCUUCUGCAAAAAAAACAGGUUGUCCUGAAAGAACAACAACUCCUGGUAUUUACAAUACCCAUAUUUGAACCACUACCCUCCCAGUACUACAUCCGGGCAGUGUCCGACCGAUGGCUAGGGGCUGAAGCUGUUUGUAUAAUAAAUUUCCAACAUCUAAUUUUGCCAGAAAGGCAUCCUCCACACACAGAGUUGUUGGACUUGCAACCAUUGCCUGUGACAGCUUUGGGACGUAGAGAAUAUGAAGCGUUGUACAAGUUUACACACUUUAACCCUGUUCAGACGCAGAUCUUCCAUACCCUGUACCACACAGACUCAAAUGUUUUACUUGGAGCUCCAACUGGUUCAGGAAAGACUGUAGCAGCAGAACUGGCAAUCUUCAGAAUCUUCAACAAGUAUCCAACAUCUAAGGCAGUCUACAUAGCUCCUCUGAAGGCUCUAGUCCGUGAAAGAAUGGAGGACUGGAAAGUGAGAAUAGAGGAAAAACUUGGUAAAAAAGUUGUUGAGCUGACGGGUGAUGUCACUCCUGAUAUGAGAGCUAUUGCUGAAGCUGACCUCAUUGUUACUACCCCAGAAAAGUGGGAUGGAGUCAGCAGGAGCUGGCAGAACAGAAGUUAUGUACAGAAGGUGGCCAUUCUAGUCAUUGAUGAAAUACAUUUGCUUGGGGAUGAAAGAGGACCUGUACUUGAAGUUAUUGUGUCCCGAACAAACUUUAUUUCCUCACACACAGAGAAGACUGUGAGGGUUGUUGGCUUGUCAACAGCUUUAGCAAAUGCUAGAGAUCUUGCUGAUUGGUUAGGCAUUGGGCAGAUGGGACUGUUUAAUUUCCGUCCGUCUGUGAGACCUGUUCCAUUGGAGGUGCAUAUUCACGGAUUCCCGGGACAACACUACUGCCCUCGAAUGGCUAGCAUGAAUAAGCCGUCUUUUCAAGCUAUACGAAGCCAUUCACCUGCGAAACCUGUGCUCAUCUUUGUGUCAUCCAGACGUCAGACUCGGCUGACAGCUAUUGAUUUAAUUGCUUUCUUGGCAACAGAAAAUGAUCCCAAACAAUGGCUCAAUAUGGAUGAAAGAGAGAUGGAUGACAUCAUUGCAACCGUAAGGGAUUCCAACCUGAAGCUCACACUUGCCUUUGGAAUUGGAAUGCACCAUGCAGGGCUGCAUGAAAGAGAUCGCAAGACAGUGGAAGAGCUUUUUGUGAACUGCAAGAUACAGGUUCUUAUUGCAACCAGCACACUGGCUUGGGGUGUGAAUUUCCCAGCUCACCUGGUAAUUGUCAAAGGGACUGAAUUUUAUGAUGGAAAAACAAGGAGAUAUGUAGAUUACCCAAUCACAGAUGUUCUUCAAAUGAUGGGUCGUGCAGGAAGGCCUCAGUUUGAUGACCAGGGAAAAGCUGUUAUCCUAGUGCAUGAUCUAAAGAAAGAUUUCUACAAGAAAUUUCUCUAUGAACCAUUCCCUGUUGAAUCUAGCUUGCUGGAUGUACUAUCUGACCACUUAAAUGCUGAAAUUGCUGCUGGAACAAUUUCAUCAAAGCAAGAUGCUAUGGACUACAUCACCUGGACUUACUUUUUCCGUCGACUCUUGAUGAACCCUAGCUACUACAAUUUGGAAGAUGUUGGACAUGAUACUAUGAAUAAAUUCCUUUCGAACCUUGUGGAGAAAUCACUUAUUGACCUUGAAUGCUCAUACUGUAUAGAAAUUGCGGAGGAUAGUCGCAGUAUUGAGCCACAAACCUAUGGGCGAAUUGCCUCUUAUUAUUAUCUGAAACACCCGACUGUUCGCAUGUUCAGGGACCGACUGAAAGCAGAUUGCACAGUUGAAGACCUGCUUUCUGUACUGACAGAUGCUGAGGAGUUCUCUGACCUCCCUGUAAGACAUAAUGAAGACCAGAUGAACAGUGAAUUGGCAAAGAUCCUUCCCAUUGAAGUAAAUCCUCAUUCCAUGGACAGUGCACACACCAAGACACACCUCCUAUUGCAAGCUCAUUUCAGCCAAGCCACAUUACCGUGUCCUGACUAUGCCACCGAUACCAAAACUGUACUGGAUCAAGCCAUCAGAGUAUGCCAAGCUAUGUUGGAUGCAGCAGCUCAUCAUGGCUGGCUUGUCACAGCUCUAAAUAUAACAUACUUGGUGCAGAUGGUAGUUCAAGCUCGAUGGAUGCAUGACUCUUGUUUACUCACUGUGCCAAACAUUGAGAAACACCACCUACAUCUGUUCAGAAAAUGGAACCCCAGAAAAAGAACUGGCUGCUCUGAAAGUAUAAUGGGACCCAUUGAGUGCCUUCCAGAGUUGAUUGCAGCAUGUGAAGGCAAAGAAGAUAUUUUCACUUCAAUUGUAGAGCAGGACCUUCAAGUUGCACCCAUUUCACAGGCCUGGAACUUUGUGUCAAAUCUUCCAGUGAUUGAUGUUCAGCUGAGCAUUAAAGGAUGGUGGGAGGAUGCAAUCCAAGCACAGAAUGAGCUCCCCAUUCCUAUUAUACUUCCAGGGGCUCAGGAGAAAAAAUGGAACACGUUACAUGCUGAUCAGGAAUAUGUGCUGCUAGUAAAUCUGUACAGGAUUCGUACAGGAUACAAAAAGGGAAAGCAAGACAGUAAAGCAAUUGCUCCCAAGUUCCCAAAGGCAAAGGAUGAAGGAUGGUUUUUAAUCCUUGGAGAAGUGGACAAAAAAGAGCUUAUUGCACUAAAAAGAGUAGGAUACGUAAGAAACAGAAGCACAGUACCCAUUGCCUUUUACACUCCAGAAAAUGUUGGAAGGUGCAUAUACACACUGUACCUGAUGAGUGACAGCUACCUUGGCAUGGACCAGCAGUAUGACAUAUAUCUGAACAUUAUUCCAGCCAGUCUAUCAGCUCAAGUAAAUACUGAGGUCUCUGUUUCCAUGAAGGGCAUUGCUCUAAAGUAACAUUAUCGUUUUCGUUGCUACAUUUUCUGGUGGAAAGAGUUGUUAAGUCAUUCUGAACUGAAUGUGAACUAUCAAUGAGCGAAGGCUUCCUUUAAACGAGUUGGAUUUCAACCUUUUCACAUACUUUAGAAAGAACGUACUGGAAUGGACUGCCACAUUCGCCUUAUACAAAGAUGCCUUUUUAAAACAUGUAUGCUGCAUCAUUAAACAGUGCAAUGUGAUAAAGAAAAAAACAUGUUAACCAGGAAUAAAUUCAAAUGGCUCAUAUCCACUUGUUAUGUAUUUUCUGUUAACUAAAAAAUAAUGUAUAGAGAUAUGAAUGAAGAAAAAAUCUCUUUACUGGGCAUAACUACAUCAUACUAGUAUUGUUCCUUGGAGAUACUUGUAAAAUACAAGGUACCAUUCCUGUUUAAUGUUUACAUUUGAGCAAUAUUUAACAUAUAAUGGGGGAUUCUCCAUUUGGUUCGCUAGAAGGUAAACACAAGAAGUCCAGUGUUGGCGUUUUACGCAGCAGACAACAAUGUAUUUUUCAACAGCUGUAAAUUGCCAAUAAUGUGCAGGACCCAAAAGCUAGUGGAGACCGCUGUAGUAGGGGUGUCCACUACAAUGAUUUCUGGCUUCUAGAGGGAUCCCACAGGUAUGGUAUAUGCAUAGUUACAUUGGUCUAAGCUGGAGCAAUGUACCUAAUGUAUUUAAAAACAUCCGUACCUGAAUUCUUCUUUAAAGGCUUCAUUCACACUACUGAUUUGUGUCACACACCUCCAAGAAUCAACAUAAAUUUGUGGCGGCAAUCUUGGGUAUGUGCUAUCAGCUGUGGCCAAGAAUCCAGUACAAACCAAUAACAGGCGCAGCUCAUCUGUCCUUAACUACAUGAAACCACUCAAUGUGUGAUUACAUAGGGACAGCUAUUCACAAUUCACUACGCCCAUUCUGUUUUUUUCAGGGGUCCUAACAAAAGAGUUAUUGGUCAGUCAGUAAUUUACAUACAUCAACAAUUAAAGUAUAACUUAAGACAAUUUUUUCCCCCAGUUUUUGUAAUAUUUUACAUUCACUACUGAAUUCACAAGGCCAAGAUGUCACUGUAUAAUAUAUGGCUUGCAUCACUGAUGCCAACUAUUCUGUAUGCUGCAUUCAAUCUUCUCUAUUUAGGCCCUCAUGGUUGAUGAGAACCUACCAUCAAUGUGUGAAACCACCCCCUUGCUGAAUGUAUUUAAGAUCCAUGCACAUAAUUAUGUAGGGUGACUGCAUAGUUGUGUAUUCCUGUUUUCAUCAUUCGGCUUGGUAUGUAAAGCUUCAGCCUAUAAAAAACUGAUGUUUGUUGUGUUAAUGCCUACUUUAGUUACCUGUUCCCUUCUGGGGCCAUUGAGGACACUGUCAUCUUGUUAUCUUUGAACCAAAAAAGGUAAUUGUUCUUGCCUUGGUUAGAUCACCAUGAACGCCCACAAAAUAUUUACCUGGAAAUCCUAACUGCGCAGUUUGACCCUAUACUAAACAAAAUAGCCAUGGUUGGUUAUGUGGAUGAUGAAAUUUCAUUUUGGGGCGGACUUAGCUUAACUGCCAUGCUCACAACUUGUAUUUUAAAAAUCUAAAAUGAAAAAACUCAUUCCCAAAUUGCUACAAAAAUUAGUGCCAACUUAUUGAUUUAUGUCGAAGUAUCUUUCAAAUAAAUCUUGAAAUGUAGGAUAUCUUAUUUACAGAGCACAAAUGUACUGUAGGUUGCCCAUCAACUCUUCCUCGCCAGUUGACUUUAGUGAAACUACAAAAAAGAUGAUUUAUGAUUGGUUGCUAUGAAAUAUUGAUCCUUGAAUUGUUAAAUAAAGACUUGACAAAUAGGGCAACAUAAUUGUCAACAUAAUUUUAUGUGCUCAUUAUUGAAUUACAAUGUUUAUGUUUAUUGUUUUGUGUGCCUCAGUAAUACUUAGCAAAAUGUGUCCAAAACAUACAACCUAAUACAGUCUUGUAAAUGCCACAUUUUCAACAGUUAAAUGCAUUCCUACUGUUUGUUGCAAAUGUUCUGUACUAUAUCUGUGUAUAUUGUACAUGAGAUGGCCGUUUCAUCAGGUAACAGUAAAUUGUUAAUGUAAACUACAAUAUCUGCUAUGUACAGUGUAGUAACACUUUACACUGUAAUCUGUAAAUCAAAAGAAGUACUUGGCUAAAUAGUCAACUUUGAGUUAAGAUUGAAAAUAUGUGAACAUUUCCAAUGAGGAUUAUUAUUUUUUUUUGAGUUUGACAACAAUAAAUUGAUUUGGUGCAA